AUGGACAUUAUAUUUGAUUAUUCUAAAGAGAUACAUGGAAAAUUGCUUGGUUUUGAGAUUGACUUGCAAGCACCAGGAACUCCGUACAAAGAAUUCGUGCUUGGGUUUUCAUGGGUAGUUUAUAUUUUUGAGCAAUAUCUGAGUUACCGUCAAUACAAGAGGCUACACGAUCCAAACCCGCCAGAAAGUCUCGCAGACCACGAGGAAAUUCGCGAGAAAUACCCGAAAUCGCAAGCGUAUAGUAUCGAUAAAGCCAAAUUUCGGUUUUUUGCCGAGUUUUUGGCACAAGUGGAGACGACGGCGAUUUUUCUGCUGGAUGGGUUACCGUGGAUGUGGAACAUUGCGGGAAAAAUAUUAGAGUCUACUGAAUAUGAUCCUAACGAAUAUGAGAUUAUUCGAUCUUGUGUUUUCGUGGUUCUUUGGAGUCUUCUAUCGUUCAUAAUCUCGCUUCCCACUUCACUCUGGUAUACUUUCGUGAUUGAAGAACGUCACGGAUUUAACAAGAUGACUAUUCGGCUGUUUAUCAUGGAUACACUCAAACAAAUAAUGCUAAUGUGUGUUAUUGGGUUACCCGUUUUAUCACUUGUUCUGUAUAUUAUCAAAUGGGGUGGAGAUAAUUUCUUCUUUUACGUGUGGUUAUUCGUUCUCGUAUUCAAUUUCAUCAUGCUCACAAUCUACCCGACACUCAUACAACCACUAUUUAACAAAGUGACCCCACUUCCCGAAAACGAACUCCGAACAAAGAUCGAAGAACUGGCGUCGCGUAUUAAUUUCCCAUUGAAAAAGUUGUACGUGAUCGACGGGAGUACGCGGUCGGGACAUUCGAAUGCAUACUUUUAUGGGUUUUUUAAGAACAAGAGGAUUGUGCUGUUCGAUACAUUGAUUGAGUCUGCGGAAGUUGAGGAAAUUGUUGCCAUUGUUGGACAUGAAUUAGGUCACUGGUACCUAAACCACACAGUAAAAGUACUAGCCAUCGCACAAGUACAGAUGUUCACGCUCUUCUUCCUCUUCUCGCAAUUCAUCAACAACACUGCACUAUACCAGUCUUUUGGAUUUGACACGAAACCGACAUUAAUUGGAUUUAUUCUUUUCCAAUAUAUUUAUUCGCCGAUUGAUCACGUUGUUUCUUUCUUGAUGAAUAUCUUGAGUCGGAAACAUGAAUUCGAAGCCGGUAGUCAUUACGCGUACGGAAAGAAAUUGGGAUACGCGGAACAACUUAGAUCUGGUCUGAUCAAGAUUCAUACAAAAAAUUUAGGAAACCUGAGUAAUGAUUCUUGGUUUUCGGUGUAUCACUUUUCGCAUCCGCCACUUCCCGAGAGAUUGAACGCGUUAAUGCAAACAGACAAGAAAAUUAAUUAG